AUGGCCAGACAUCACCCAGACCUCCUCUAUUGCCGACGGAUGCCGGGAAUCGCGAUCGGGACGGCUCUCGUGCACAUCUGUGACGAGUGCAACUAUGGCACGUACAAGGGCCGGUGUAUCGUCUGUGACGGACGUGGGAUCUCUGAUGCCUACUACUGCAAGGAGUGUGUGACCCUAGAGAAGGAUCGCGACGGGUGCCCAAAGAUUGUCAAUCUGGGCACUGCGCGAACCGACCUGUUCUAUGAGCGCAAGAAAUACGGCUUCCAAAAACGCUAG